AUGCAUGCGUUUCAAGGACGGAGCCCUUUGUCAGGCCAGGUUGAGGACGCGCACGGCGCCGCGCAGGGCCGAGGCUUCGGGCCGCACCGACUCCAGGCGGACCUUGUGCUGGCGGACGCGCUCCAGGAAGCCGGCAGUGGCGCCGGGCUGCGGCGGGAAGAGGGGCUCCAGCAGGGGCGCGGGGGGCCCGAAGAGCACCGGCUCCAGCUCGCCGAGGGCGGGCGGCUUGCGCGUCUUGAGCAGGCAGAACGCGUGGAGCCUGCAGAGUCAGCAACUGUAAUGACUUCCUCUGGCCAGAAUCAAAGUGAAAUCAGUUCUGAAAAAGCUACUGCAAAUGUGAAAACUGUGGAAAGGGAUUGGCGCUGCAUCUAUCCAAAUGAGAGAAGGGAGAGGAAUCAGAUCUACACUCUUCUGAGCAUCAGUAACAGUGCAAAUGAGCAAGAGGAGAAGUCCUUGGAGUGUAUUAAUGGAACAGGAUGGGAGGAAGCAGUACAAGGCUGGAGCAAGACAGCCUCAUUCGCUCAUCUUCAGUUACAAAAAAGAGCUAGAAAAACAAGGACAAGUGAGUCUGUUGGUGGCUGCCUGUAUUGCUUAGAUCUGAUGCACAUUAUUGACAAAGGCUUGGAGCAAGACCCCAAGUUAAGUGCAAGUGUCGCCACAGACAGUAUUCCAGAAAAACAAACUCUGCUCUAUUCUAAUACAGCUCUGAGCUCUUACUCUGUGGUAGAUGAUUCAAAAAAAGACAACUAUAAUGGUAAAUUAAAUUCUACCCAAACAUCCCAAGGAGAAAAGAAAAGAUUGUCCCUAAAGGAAGCUCAGGCUCUUCUAAGUGAAAAGAAGACUUUUUUAAUGAAGGAGAAUCAGCUAUUCCAAGCAGAAAAGAAAGCGGUGCCAAUAAGAGAGUAUAGCAUAUUAGCUCUUGGAAAGCCAAAAAGUGUAGAAACCUUAAAAUGCAAAGAUACAAAGAACCAUGAGCCUGUAACAGGUAAUCUGGGAUACUCUGAAGCAACUCCUGUUAAAUCAUCAAUGGUAUUGCCACCUCUGAAGGACACAGCUUUCAAAAACAGCCUGGACCCUUCACCAAAGAAAAGUAAGCCCAUUAUUUUCCAGGCAAAUGAAAAAGCAUCCCGUGCUGUUUCAGAGACAGUUUCCUGCCCUCAGGUUUUUAAAGCCAAAGAACCCAACCAUGAGAAAGGAGUAGACCUAACAGGUGAUGCGUUGAAGGAGCCGGUAAAAUUGUAUGAGAGAACCACUUUUGCCCCAAAGUUUCCCAAGACUUCAUGCAUCUCAGGAACCACGGACCAGUGCUACUGGCGCUGUGCUUUUAUACGUGAUAGAAAAAUUACACCCGUAUCUAAUUCAAUUGCACUGAGAAGAAAGAAUCAUCACUCUGGCAUGCAUUUUCUGCAUACAAAAGGAGCGCGUGACAGCAAAGCCGAUGAGAAUUGGGACCCUUGCACCAGAAGCAGGAAUCACACUGGACCCAGACAAGGAAAUGAGUCAAAAACACAGGAGAUCCCACUGCUUUCUGGACUGUUCCCUUCCUUAACGGAACUUGGCUGGGGGAGAGCUACUCCUUUCGCAUGCUGCAAGAUCCAGCUAAAGUCCAAGAACCCAAGAAUAAGCAAAACAGUCUCUAACAUAUCUCACAGAAACAAGGCUCCUGAGGGAAAUUUGGCUUGGAUAACACAACCUGAGAGAAAUCGGACAAACACAUAUCAUAAGUUUACUGAAGGAGAAACAGUUUCUAGCUACAAGAAGUUAAAGGCCUCCUACUUUAAGCCAUACAACUAUAUUCCAGUGAUGACUGUGCACCCUGAGGGAGAAAGAAUGAAUGGCAAAUUAGAUAGCAUUCGGGCAUUCCUUAGUGAAAAGAGGACCUUACCAAUAAAGGAAUACGAGAUUAAGUACUCAGAAGGAUAUGCAAAACCUGCAGUCCUAAAAUAUCCCAAGAUCCACCUUCCAAGAAUUAUCCAGAGUAACACCCCCAUCGAUUUUAGCUACCCAUCCUUAAAUGCAUUCUUGGUCUUAAAACCAGAAGGAAAAGGAAUUGUCAGCUUGCAUCUGGAGCCCCCUUCGAAGAAAAAUGAAACAAGUACAGUGAAAAAAACUAAGGGGGGCAGCACAUCAACGGAAACUCUUCUCCACAGCCGCCAGAUUAAAAAAGGAAAGCAAAAGAGUAAAAGAAAUAUUGUUAUGAGAAAUAAAAUAGCAACAAAACAAAUUAAAAAUAAUGUACCACCCUUCCAUGUCUCCUUAAUGCUCUGA